AUGGUUGCUCAAGAGCGCACCCCUACUCUGGAUGUGUCUUGGAAUGCUUCGUUUCUAUUCAGCCAUUCCGCUGUCUGUUGCAUGCGUGGUUUGCGCGGUCCGGUCCUGGUAGAGUAGCUACUUGUCCUAGCCUGCUGUGAAGUUUGGCCGAACAGACAUAUACAACAACAUAGAGCUGACGAGAACACAAACCGACGAUUAGCAUACCUGUGGGUCUGCGGUUACCAGAGAGGAUGGGAUACUUUUACUAGUGCAGUCACGGGAAAGGAGACACGCCAUGGCUGUUGACGCUGCAUCCAGCUUCAGUUUCUGUCGUCCUGCUGUGGAGUACAGGGGUCUGCCCGAGGAUUUCAAACACCUCAAUCAACGGAAGGGAGGAAAUCUGACCUGGCAUGAUGGCCGUGGUCAGAAAUCUGUAGGGGGCAGGACAGUGAAGCUGCUCCAACCGCCUGGGACACAAAGGUAUCAGAGCCGUUCUGGUGACUCCUACGGAAUAUACCACACCAGUCCCACCCAGCCCAGUUUGAUCCGGCCAGUGGUGUUAUGGACUCAGCAGGAUGUCUGCCGGUGGUUGAAGAAAUACUGUCCGCACAACUACCUGACCUACGUAGAGGCCUUCUCCCAUCAUGCUAUCACAGGCCGUGUUCUGUUGCGUCUGAAUGGGGAGAAGUUGGAAAGGAUGGGCUUGGUGCAAGAGACACUGAGGCAGGAGCUCUUACAACAGGUGCUACAACUGCAGGUGCAGGAGGAGGGACGAAACCUGCAGCUCCUUAGAGAUUCUCGCUGCCAAAGACAUCAUUUCAAGAUCACAUAACAUCAUGUGGAUCAAGACAUAAUGUAGAAUAUGAAUACAACAAAUGAACACGGUGGCUCUUUCGGUAACGUAUCGUAACAUGAAUAUUAUUUUCCUAGAUGGGUCGUUACAAAGAACACUAGAAAAUCAUGCAGAAAGACCUCAACCUGUAUACCUGUCAGAAAUCUGGACUACCAUGUGAAUCCCAUGAAAACCAUGGAGUCUAACGAGAAUGACACAUUUGAUGAUCACGUUCGGCAUCAAACUCAGACGUAACUGGAAAGGAAGGAGAGGACAGUCAAUGAGCACAGCCCCAUGCUUAGAUAUUUGGAUAUCUGUUUUCCAUCAAACAAAGAGAAGGACUAUUUCACUCUACUUGCCAAGGACAUUGGUUCAUGUCUUGUAACCAUUUUUUCCCCUAUGUUUCCCUCCCAAAAAAGACAUUUUGUAUGUGGUUCCUGUAGUCAAAUACAGGGUUGUUUAUAUGUCUUGUUCCACGCACAUGUACGGGUGUUGUAAAUUUGAAUACAUUUUGAUCUGGGGUUUCAACUGUAUUUUCUUUCAUAGAUUGUUGUGAGUUAAGUUUUCGG